CGUGGCAGUGUUUGUGCCGGUAUAGCCUCGCGAGUAAACUCGUGGAUCGUUCGUUCACGUUCUUUCCUUUAUUGUUUCUUCUUCAAAAAAAGAAAAGAAAAGAAAAAAAAAAAAAAGAAAAAGAGAAUACACAAUCACGUCACAGUCACGCCACGCUACGGAGAGAAUCGAUCGAGGAAUCCGUGGAUUGAGAGCAGUCGAGCCACGAAAAACAGAAGCUGUAUUUCCAACGCGAUUGAAACGUAAACGAGAAGGUACGUGGUCAAGGAAUUCUGGUUUUAACCAUCACGGAAAGCAGUUUCGAACAAACAAAGGCAUAGGAAGUGAACGAAAACGUGGUGACAUUCGUGUGUCUCGUGAAACGUGCCAUUCAGGCCAAAAACAUGGCCGACACGAGAAAGAGGCGCUUCGAUCGAGCGUUCUUCUCGGUUACUGAUUCGCUCGAAUGCCAAGCCGACUUCUUUCGAAUAGAAUUUCCCCUCGAAUCGAAGAGCCGAGCAAAACGAUGAGCAAGCAAUUCACGAGGAGCGAAGUUGCCAAACUCAGCAACAAGGACAAGACAUUGAUAAUUCUACAUGACAAAGUGUACGAUGUCACGAGUUUUCUAAACGAGCAUCCAGGCGGUGAAGAGGUACUGUUGGACCAUUCGGGCAUCGAUGGUUCCGAGGACUUCGACGACGUUGGCCACUCCACAGACGCUUUUGACCUAAUGACGAAGUAUCAAGUCGGCGAAUUGGUCGAGUCAGAAAAGACGGGCAACCUGCCUAAGAAGACCUGGACGAAGGAUCAUUUCAAAUCUAACAAAACGAGUCAAGGGGACAAUCAGGGGAUGCCCACCACGAUGGUUGUGUCCAUUCUCGCGGUCCUAGCAGCGAUCGUAUACUUCGUGUACUUAUAAUUUCGUCAGAUCAAAUUCCAGUUCGUCAGUUCGUUUUAUCGUUUUAAAAGAGUGCGAGAAGACGUGAUAAUCGAUGAUUAAGCGAUUAAAGUGUGAACGAAAAUUAUCGUGACUUUUCUCAAUUUUUCUUUCAAUUUUUCUUUGAAAUAUUUAAAUGGAAUUAACGAAGCGAAGUCGAAUGAAAUUCUACUGACGUCUCUAAUAGCUAGUCGUGGUUAACCGAUUGUAACCGAUGCAUGUAACGAAGAACCACAACCAGUUUCUGCGCAACGAUUUCGAAUUUUUACUUGUAAAAUAGAAUAGAAAGAAAUACGUGGUAGUUCUCUAAUAUCUAAUCGACAGAAACACGUAUUUUCCAAAGUUUUUUAAGUCGUUUUUCUGUUCCUGUUAACACAUGUUAAGCGAAUAAAUCUUGUUUUUUGUACACCAGUCUUCUAAUCGAUCCAAAAAUUUUACCAACGUCUCUCGUUCGAUUCAAUCGGGUCGACUGUAUUCCCCCUCCAUCGAAUCUUUUCCAGACUUCUCUUCUUUACAUAUUUCUCCUAAUAGGUCAACUACAGAUAGCACGGAGAACGAAAAGUUUAUCGUUGCAAGAAGAAAAAAAAUUAUAAAUCGAUCUUCGUAUUCGAAGCUUCGCAAAGAUGGGUCACGAUCGACUCGUAUUCGAACAACCGCAGAUUUUCCAACUUAACCAACUUAAUCGUUGAAUCGAAGUCGAAAAGAAGCUCCAUUUGAGCAGUCAUUUGCAUUCGAAUAGGUCGCAUUCAGAAAAGCCUUUCGUUACAAAUUUUCAACGAAAAGAAACAGCCGAUUCGAUCGAUCGGAUGAUCUUUCUUUCGUUCGAACGAAUCUUGAAAAGAUUAUUCCUGUUUCUUCUCCUUCUCUCGGCCCGAAAUUCGCCAAUUCCCGUGGCUCUAUGCAAACGAGGACACGAUUGGUGCUUCGCGGAUCACGUGGCACUAGAGCAAAUGAAAUUCCGCGCGAUUCAACAAUCGAUCGUAAAUCGUUCAACGGAGAAUAAACAAAUUUUUAAUUCGCAGUAGAGAAUGCUGAGAAUGAAAUCGUAACGCGAAAUAUUUAAGAAUAAUAUUUUUUUUUUAUCUUAUCUUAGUUGAUCCAAUAACACGACUCCGAUUAAACAAAUUAUCAUCGGAAUAACAAAAAAAUAGAACAGUUCUUUGAUUCUAAAUUGAAGAUUUGAAAUAUAUAUAAUUUUUUUUAUUUUAUUCAAAAUAUCAUACUAUAUGUUCAAUUUGCAUAAUCCGAUUAAACGAGAACGUUCAACAAUUUUGUUUCUAAACAAGAUAAAAAACUAUUACCUCUACAAUUUCCCGCUCGAAUCGUUUAAACUUUAUUAACCCUGGAACGACUGGCACAAACAGGCUGCGAUGAAUAAUUCGGUACUAAUUAGGAGAAUAUCAAAGGUAUUAACGAAGCGGGACCGAUUGUCAGUGUCAACUGGAGCGGGAGAAUUUAACAAACGACGAGGAGAAAGGUCGAAAAAGGGAUGGAGCAUCGAAGGGUGGACAAAACCGGUUCCAAGAAACGCUGUUAAAUCUUUUACAUGUGUAUUCUUUUAUAAUAAGAAAAUUAAUUGAGUACGCGCGGUACGAUAUUGUUCACAACAAGUUGUGGUGUUAAAGAAGAGGACGUGUUAGUUGAUAAGAUUAGGUAAUAAAUAACGUUAUUAUCGUACAAUACUAUUAUAAUUCCAUGUAUGUAUAAUAUAUACGCAUAAAAUAUAUACGCAAUAAGUAAUAAAGUUCGAAAAGAAAAAAAAAAAA